UCAUAAAGAAAGAAGAAAGUUCAAAUAAAUGAGAGUAAUAUGGUAUGACAGUAACAGAUAAUGGAUGUAUGAAAUAUCAGCUGUUUUCUUCCAAAGAUUUAUACUGUAAAUAUUCAUAAAGUUCAUUCUGGAUAGAUAUCUGAGUCUUGAAAACAACUGUAAGGACAGCCUGAGUAUUUGCAGUGGUGGUCAGAAAAACUAGGUUGAGUGUUUCCAGAUGUAUUAAUGUGGCUGAUUUCAAAACAUUUCGGUAUGUCCUUGGCUCACCUCUCAGGCAGACUGGAUGAGAUCCGUUCAUGUAACACACGUAGGAGACUCGCACUCGCAACACAGACCUAAACAGGCUCAUAGUUGUAAUACACACACUUAAGAGAUGCACAAUUGUAACACACAUCUAUUAUGUCCACAAACACACCAAACAGUAAAAAAAGUUAGUGAAAGGAGAGGUGAUUUUGGUCAUCUACAAUAAAGACUCCCAAACUGCUCUUCAGAUCUUGCCUCCUCUGCAUUGAUUUGCUGUUCAGUUACGCAUGUUUUUGACAACAACAGGAGGGUCAAAAGGAGGGUACGCAGCAACUGAUCCUCCAAAGAUCUCCUCUUAUCAGACCGAGACCCUGGUCCACUCUAUCUCCUCAGCUCUGAUCGACUCUCUCUCACUUGUUGAGCUCUGUUGGUUGGUGGAGUCGUCGUUUGUUGGAGAGGUGAGUGCAUGUUUUUGUUCAGAUUUUAUUCUGCAUCAUUUUAAUGAAGACUGUUCUUAAUCCAGAUACAUUUGGAUGUUGAUGUCACAGAUAAAGAGCUCAUUAAUCCAGUUAAAACAUGGAGCAAAGUUAAUUCUAUGAAGAGUUAAAGUAAAGUUUACAAAAUGAGGGAAUUUCACAGAUUGACUGUCUUCAUUAGUGCAUCUGGAGGCCUGAGUUUAUGGCUGAUACUAAUUUAAAUAUGAGACCUUUUUACUACAUUAAUUACUCAAGCCUGUUAAAUAUAUUAAGUAUGAGGUUCGUAGACAAAAGUUGAUAUUGUGGGUCUGUAUAGUUGUGAUUCAGUUCGUUGUCACUUGUGCUUCAUGGUUCAGAGUUAAUGUUUUAAAUCUGUGCUUGUUGACUGUUGUUACAAAAAGGCCUUUUCAGCUGGUUCAAAAUAUUUUAAAAAUCAAACAGUUCGUGUUGGAGACAAACUUCCAAAAUUACACCUUAAAAUUUGGAUAAAAGCAUUUGAUUGAAUUUGUUGUGGCCCACUAUCUGAAAAAGAAACUUUUCAAAGACAAAUACAACAUUGAAGAAACAAUCAAAAUCAUACUCUUUCAUUUAAGACCCCUGAACUUUGAUUGUCAUUGUUAAGCAACAGAGAAGCAGUUGAUCUAAUCUCAUCAGAGUGCCUGAAGUAGCACCAUUUAUCCAGCUUUGUGUCUUGACAUGUUCAGAAGAUACUGAUUUGAUCAAACUCCAGCUAAGUUAAUGUUAUUAAACCACUGAAUGGUUUUUGAUUUAGUCCUAGGCUAUUCUCUCAGUUAAGCCAUUCAGUAGGUGGGGUCACCCACUGUUGAUAAAUACCAUGAUGUCAUGUCAUCACCAAAUCCCAUCCUGUUAUCUGUCUGAGGGGCUGAAACAUCAAUAAACACCAUCAGAGGCUCCAUCAGCCUUCAUUCAUCACAGUGAUCAUACGAAAGUAUGUGAGCAUAGAGAGAGAACAUAUCAAAGAUUGUGAGGUUUCUACUUUUAAAAAAAAUGCCAGUACUGAAGCAGGAAGGGGUUGAGGUGCAAAGCUAAAAGAGUGUGAACAUCUAAAGAGGAACUGGUGAAGGGUUGGGGGUUGAGGAAACAAAACUGUAAGAGCAGAUUUGGGUGAGCAGGAGGAGCAAAUUCCAAACAAAAAAUCCAGAUACAGCGGGAACGAAAGAUGGCUGUUGGCUGAUUUUAACAUCUCUGUCCCACCUCCCUGCAGGUGAACCAUGCCCUCUGCUUUUGAAAGCUCCAAUCAUUGCCCAUAUGCAGCAAACUGUGAAAAUGCAGACACCACACCAUGUUCAAAGUCCGCCACUAUGAAUGUGGAUGCUGGGGCUGCCAGCAGUGCUCACAGGCUCUCUCCAAGUGAGGAUCAGGACCCACAGAAGAUUCCAGCUGAAAGUAGGAAAAGUAACAAAAGUGAGCCAGACGGCAGAGAGGUUCAUUUUCAGAGAAACUGGAUCCGUCCUGAUUUACCCAGCAGGUGCACGUGGAGUCUGGGUGCACCUAUCUCAGAGUCUCCUCAUUGUCUGCCACCAAGGUAAGUAAAUGACAGUUUCUGAAUCCACCAGUACCACAUACCUUCAGAUAGUGAACUAUUUACAUGACCCUACAUUUCUGUAUACAUUUUGACUUAUAUGUCCUGUUGAAAUUGAAUUUUAUCACAGCACCGAAACCUCCAGCAUCCUCCCAAACAUCCUGGGAAAAAUUGGACACACUCCUCUGGUUCGUCUCAAUAAAAUCCCAAAAGAGUUUGGAAUCAAGUGUGAGAUUUGUGAGUAAAAUGCCUUUUCCAUCUGUACUGUUGACAUUUAUUUCAUUAGAUUCAAUUCUUACACAUACACAGAAUGAUGAAUGUUGAGCAGAUUAUUAUGCAUCAAAGCUUUUUCCCCUUCCCUUAAAGGAGAUAACAAGCUUUAAAGAGUAUACAGCAUUGAAGAAUACAUUUGACUAACAAUAAACCACAUUAGGCUUCAUAUGAAACCACAACACAUGGCACUGACUUUGUCCUUUGUGUUUAGUGGCCAAGUGCGAGUUCUUUAAUGCAGGAGGGAGCAUAAAAGACAGGAUUGCCCUGCGGAUGGUGGAAGAUGCUGAGAGAGCCGGGAUCCUCAAACCAGGGGACACCAUUAUUGAGCCAAGCUCUGGAAACACAGGUGCAUACAGACCGCCACACAGUCUAUAACAAUGAAAAAUGUAUUUGAUAAUAAAAAAAGUGCAGAAGAGCAUAAAAAAUUGUGAAUCUUGUUUUCCUCUUGAUGCUCUCAGGUAUUGGCAUGGCCCUUACAGCAGCAGUCAAAGGCUACCGCUGCAUCAUAACCAUGCCAGAGAGGAUGAGCAUGGAGAAGGUAUGAAUCUCUUCUAAUGAUCACGCCUUCUCCAAAGUUAUUUUUAGAAAAUAAUCCCCUGAUUGACUUUGAUGUUGUGAUCUUGUGUUUUAAGGUGAAUGUGCUGAAAGCUUUGGGGGCCGAGGUGGUGCGCACAGCUAAUGAUGCAGCUUUUGACUCACCGGAGUCUCACGUGGGUGUAGCCUGGCGUCUUCACAACGAGAUCCCCAACUCACAUAUUCUAGACCAGUACCGCAACGCCAGCAAUCCCCUAGCUCACUAUGACACCACAGCUGAGGAGAUACUGGAGCAGUGUGAUGGUGUGUGUUUUGUUUUGAGAGGACUGCUAUAAAGAUUGUGUAUAAUUAUUAUUACCACUAGUUACAAUAUGUAUAUCUGUUUGUUGUUAUCCAGUAAUAAAGCUCUUAUAAAACUAAUUUUUCCUCUCAGGUAAAUUGGACAUGUUGGUGGCUGGAACUGGAACAGGUGGUACACUCACUGGGGUCGCAAGGAAGUUGAAGGAAAGAUGCCCUCAUUUAAAGGUAAAAAAUACGCUCUAUAGUGACUCAUGUUUCUCUUUUGUUUGAUGAAAUUAGAGAAAGUGAUUCUUAUCUGUUUUUAAAUGACCUAUUAGACCUGUUGUAUUAAAGCUUUUGAAGUCCCUCCUCUUAAAGUUUUUAAACCCUUUUCCUUCCACUUCUGGUGAAGGCAACUGAAAUACACUCACUUAGAUAUACUGGUACAUAUCAUUCAGGAAUUAAACUACCUGGAAAAUCUAAUGCAGUCCAAUAUGAACAUCCGACUCACUCAAAUUUGACCAAACAGACAGAUCAGAGUUUGUCCAACAGACGAUUUCUUCUUCUUCCCAAUAGAACCUUUUCUAGUAACACUUUAUUUGGCGCCUAUCUCUAUAACACAUUAUAAAUAUAUGUAUAAUGCGUUAUAAUCGUGUUAUAGUACUGUAUAACUAUAGUUAUAAACACUCAUAAAUGAUCAUAAUGCUUCAUAGCAAUAAUCACAACACAUUAUAAAGCAUUUUAUCAUGACUUACAAGGUCAGGUUUUAUAAUGUGUCAUAACUGUUAACAACUCACUGACAAUGCCCACAUAGAUAAUGCAAUGCAACUGUUGUUAACAAUUAUAACACAUUACAACACAUGACCUUGUAACUGAUGAUAAAACGCUUUAUAAUGUGUUAUGAUUGUUGCUAUAAAGCAUGAUGAUCAUUUAUGAGUGUUUGUAGCUAUAGUUAUACAGUGCUAUAACAUGAUUAUAACACAUAAUACAUAUAUUUAUAAUGUGUUACAGAGAUAGUGUCAAAUAAAUAAUAAAUUCUCUUCAUCAGCGGUCAGGUAUGCAGCUCAUGACCACUCAGAUGGUUCCUGUGUACAGAAGUGGAACCUCACACAUGUUAUCCUCUCUAUCAAACACUACUGUACCUUUUAGAGCUAUUGAAUUGUUCUUGUUCUUGUUCUUCUUCUUCUUCUUCUUUUUAACCUAAUGCUGCCAUUUUUCCUAAUUGUGACUCUGCUGUCUUGUUUGUUUUAGAUUGUCGCUGUGGACCCUGAGGGCUCCAUUCUUAGUGGUUCGAAAGAGAAAAACAAACAAAAGACUUCAUUUGAAGUGGAGGGCAUUGGAUAUGACUUCGUCCCCACAGUGUUUGAUCAAUCUGUGAGUGUUUUUGUGCAUACUUACAUUUCUAUUUCCAAAUCUAGUGUUGUUACACAGCAUUAAGUAAUACUAAAGCAUGUUUUUAUAUGGAACGAUGAUCAUGUUUUUGUGACAUACCUUGAUAAACUGCUAUAACGUCCUCUCCAUACAGCUUGUGGAUAUCUGGUAUAAAAUGUGUGACACUGAGACGUUCACCAUGGCACGCAGGCUCAUCAGAGAGGAGGGUCUUCUGUGCGGCAAGUUCACUUUCAUAUGAUAUUUUGAAACUUCCUGCAUCUGUAAUGUAAAGGUUUUGAGUGCUGUCUUUAUCAGUUUGCUCUUGAGAUGUGUUUGCUAAUGGGCUUGUUUUCCUCCAGGUGGCAGCUCAGGCUCAGCUAUGGCAGCAGCCGUCAAAAUGGCUCAGCAGCUUGAGGAGGGGCAGCGCUGUGUCGUCAUCUUGGCCGAUUCUGUCCGCAACUACAUGUAAGAAACACUUUAGGCACAUUCUGACCAAAAAUACUAGGAACCAUUUAAUUCCAAGAACUCCCCUCCACAGAAGUAUUUAAUUUCUGUGGCUUAUUGUUGUCUGCAUUUCCACAGUGGCCUGAAGUCGUGUUAUAAUUACACAAAUCAGACCAAUGUCAUUUCAGUUCGUCAAACAGCUCCUGGGAAAAGUUGCUGCUGUUGCAAAGCACUCAUUAAAACACUAUUAAUGACCAUGCUGCUAACAAAUUUCAUAACAUGACCUAUUAAUAUCACAGAAACCACCACACAGAGAACUAUAGACAUGCAAAGAACUAAACCACUAAACAAAGACCAACGACAGACUAAAGUAAAGGAAAUACGUCAGCAGUCUUCAUAUUUGAUGUUUAAUGUAGCUGGUAUCCACAGUGCUGCAUUACCGCUAUCUUCUGGUUCCUUUCCAGGAGCUUGUAAAUCCUUUCAUGCCAGUUGGUGCUGACAUUCGGUCCAACAGAGCAAUUAAUUACUUUGACUGAAAAUUUCACAGUAAGAGUAAAAAGAAGUAACCAAAUCAAGCAAAAGGGAUAGAUGGCUGCCCUCCUGGGUGGUCAAAACUGACACAAAAUCAGAGUUCCUCACUGCAGCUCAAAGGAAAGAGUCUGAGCCACAUCACAGCUGCACACUUCAAAUGACUGGAAUUAAUUAGGAAUGAAAGGAGCUGCAAAAUACAUGAGAAGAACCACACAGCAGUCGCUCCUUCUGAGAGAAAAUUGUGUCCACAAAUGUUCUUAGAGCUUUUUUCCAGAUUAAAGGUUAAUCCAGGAUUAUCUGACAACAUCACUGACAUUUUUUCUUAUUUAAAAAAAACAAAAAAAAUGACUCUGUUUAACUUUCUCGUCUCUAGGUCAAAAUUCCUUAGUGACGAGUGGAUGCGUGAGAAAGGCUUCUACAGUGUGGACGCCCCUACAGAUCCCAAACCAUGGUGAGAUAAUCCCCCAUGAGGAUAUGAUGGCACAGCUAAUUAAAAGCCCACUUCAGCAGUCAGUCACUCAUUUGUGUUUCUAAAGGUGGUGGAACAUGACGAUCCAGAAUCUGCACCUGUCUGCCCCCCUCACUUUGUCCCCACACGUGUCCUGCCGAAGCACCGUUGAGAUCUUGAAGAAGAAAGCGUUUGAUCAGGCCCCAGUUGUUGAUGAAUCAGGGUAAAACUCCUCAAACCAUAUUUAUCUGUUCAUUUUUAGUCUCUUCAUGCGUGACUAAUACUAAUUGAAUAACUACUUAAUUUUCUGACUUUGUUUCUGGACAUAUCUGAGCAUUAUUUCAUUGACUUAUCAAACAAAAUCUCUUUUAUCCAUCAAAAAGUGUGUUAUAGUUAAGAUUUUAUCAUUGUUGACAGUCGUAUCCUCGGGAUGGUGACUCUGGGAACCAUCCUGUUCUCUGUGUCAGCGGGGAAGGCUGAACCUUCAGAUGUGGUCUCAAAGGUGCUCUGCAAGGAUUUUAAACAGGUCAGUCAGUGGAAACACAUUGAGCACUUGGUCUAAAUAUGUAGAAAUUUGCAUCAUAUCGAUCUUUGUUUUCAUGUUUGUCAAAUACUUCUAUCCACAGGUGCACGUGACUGACAGCCUGGGAAAGCUGUCCAGUACCCUCAAACAAGACAACUUUGCACUGGUGGUACACGAUCAAAUCCAGUGUAAGACACAUUUCUGAUAUUUUUAUUGGCAUUUAAUGGGUUAAAUUUGGUGUGUGGGUGGCUGCAGUGGCGGUGAUUAAUUAUACUGUAUAAUACAUAUUUUCAGACCUGUAACCAGUUAUCCAUCUCUCACCAGAUGCUGCUGAUGGGUCAGCCUGCAGGAGGCCGAUGGUGUUUGGUGUUGUAACAGCAGCUGAUCUUCUCAACUACAUCACCACAGAUAAGAGGCAGAGUCCCUCCUCGUCUGAGUGACACAAUAUUUUUGUCUCUUUUUCAGAUGUACUUGACCAGUACUUGGUACUGCCUGUGUACCAAAAAGAAGAACUCAAGUACUGAGAGGUCUUUAGCAUGUCUCGUUCUUUUAGUGUUUUAGGGAUAAAGUUGUAGAGCUACGUUUGGAUUAGGUUUAAAUUUGAAUUGGUAACAUUUGCAAUUGCAGCACCCUUUUUAUUUAUUUAUAUUUUUAAAGACAACAUAUUUGUGAUCUGUUUGAAAGAUCUUCAUCUUUGGCAGGAUGAUUAAAGCGAAGCUGAGUGUCUCAGUCAGAUGAUAAGCAGAAGGUAACUUCAGGCCAGCACAGGGCUGAUUUUGAGUUUUCUGGAGUUUGUUGAGGAGAGUUUAACUUUUCCAGAAUUUAAAAUCCUAACUGUAAUUUCACAAAGACUUUGAUAUCUUUAAUGUUUUUUCAUUGUUAGAGAUUGAAAGUAACUUUCAAAUUUUGUUUCUCAAACAUGAAAAUCAAAUAUUUACCACUUGUGCCCCAUCUUAAACCCCCACUUAGCCUACUGUCAUCAUGUCUAUGCCACAUAUAACCACAGGGGGGCAGUGUGAAUACAUCAAGGCAGUGCUUAGAGAAGUAACUGUGAGUUUACCAUGAGUCCAUCAAGGGUAAAUGUUAG